UGACUGUAAAAAGCAAGAGAGAGAGAAGAGAAAACAGCAACUCUUAAAGAAUGAAAUAAAGAGGAAAAAAAAAGCUAGUCAAUUGUUUAACUCACACUCUCCCCUCCCUCUCUCCUCUCUCAAAUUCUGUAUCUAAUAUUUGGCACUGGACAGAUGAAAAGUAUCCCCAACUUCUUCUCCAUCCUUUGGCUAUCUCUCUCUCUCUCUAAAUUAUUCACUUACUCUCCUCUUCUUCUGUUUCAUGCAAGAUUCAAAGACCUCACCUGCAAGUCAUCAGAGAUGUGUGAGUGUGACAUAAAAAAGGUGAUGGCAAACAGAAAACCUUGGUACCAGAGAGCUAUGGCGGUGGCGAGAUACGCUACGAGUUGGAGAACAAUCCCUAAAUUAUCAUCACAACAACAACAACAACAACAACAACAAACAGAGAUGAAUAUUCGUACGUCUCGAAACCCUAGCGUGAACAACAAGUCAUCGUCGAAUCAAAACCAAAUCCAUCAUCAGCUGAGGAAAUGCUCGUCUUUGAAAGUAGCUGCGAAUUCGUUUACUAGGGUUUGUCUCUGUGCUCCGAUCGGUCCAUACGACGACGUUUUCCGAAACUAUGUUCCCCCGAGAAGAAGCUGUAGCUAUCCUCCGUCGAAGCCUCUUCCUAUGGUGACGGAGACGGCGAUUACAACGGCGGUGGCAACAGCGGCGAGGAUGAGUACGGAUUCAUCAGGGAGGAGGAUGUAUUUUAGAGGGAAGUCGUUGAAGGAGAACGCGCUGAUGAGGAGGUUUGUGGCGGCGGAAGAAGAAGCGAUGAUGGAGAAUAGAAGAAGAGAUCAGAUGGAGAUUGUGAGGAAGAGGAAUCAGAUGAGGAGGAAGAAGAAGCUUGGACCUAGUCCUCUUAGUCGUAUGGUUAUUGCUGAAGAUGAACAAGCUUUUCAUCAUUGAAAUCAACAACAGAGAAGAAAAAGGAAUUAAGAUUUUUUUUGCUUUUUGUUUUUGUUCUUUGUAACUCAUUGUGUUUUCUCUAAUUUUUCUUUCAAAGAUAAUUAACCGGAACACCGUGCCGUUUAAUUAGUGCCCACAUUGUAAACGGUGCUGUUUUGUUUAUUUAGUUGUCUUUUUAUGGCCGGAAAGGUUUAAUGAAAGAUGGAAGCAAAGGUAAACAAACACA